UGCAGGAACCACAAGCCCCCAGAAUAUAUUAGAAGAAUAAUAAUAGGAAGGUCGUGUGUGCCCUCCCCAGCCCCGUUUUUGUCCCCCUGGAAGGAGGGGGUGGAGAGCAGAGCAGCGAGGCUGCCGGCGGGCGGAUCGAUGUGGAGCCGGUGAGGCACCGCGGCCGGCCCCAGCUCCCCGCCGGCACCGCGGCCGGCAGGACAAGCGCAGCCGCCCCGCCGAGAGGCCAGGGAGAAGGAGAUCUGACUUGUGGAGGGACUUCAGUCUGGACUGUUAUUCUUGGAGGACUGGGAAAAUGAAGGCGUAUCCUCCCUGCCCUUAAGAGUAUGCACCUGAAGACACCUUUCAGGAGGCUGUGAGGGCUGCUGAAGAUGUCCGAUAGUCUGGAUAUUGAAGAGAAACCUCCAGCUCCACCUUUGAGAAUGAACAGCAACAAUCGCGAUUCUUCAGCGCUAAACCACAGCUCAAAACCGCUUCCCAUGGCCCCUGAGGAGAAGAACAAGAAAGCCAGGCUGCGCUCCAUCUUCCCAGGAGGAGGGGAUAAAACCAACAAGAAGAAAGAGAAGGAACGUCCUGAGAUCUCCCUCCCUUCAGACUUUGAACACACCAUUCAUGUGGGAUUUGAUGCCGUCACUGGAGAAUUCACAGGCAUUCCAGAGCAGUGGGCCAGGCUACUACAGACCUCCAACAUAACAAAACUGGAGCAAAAGAAGAACCCACAGGCUGUUCUUGAUGUUCUCAAGUUUUAUGAUUCAAAAGAAACCGUUAACAACCAGAAAUACAUGAGCUUUACGUCAGGAGAUAAAAGCGCCCAUGGAUACAUAGAAGCCCAUCCAUCGAGCACAAAAACGGCAUCAGAACCUCCUCUGGCUCCCUCUGUGUCUGAAGAAGAGGAUGAAGAUGAAGAAGAGGAAGAAGAUGACAAUGAACCUCCACCCGUUAUUGCCCCACGGCCUGAACACACAAAAUCAAUCUAUACACGCUCUGUUAUUGAACCUGCCGCUGCACCAGCACCAGCUAAAGAAGCCACCACUCCCCAGCCUGAAAACUCAAACACAAACACUCUGUACAGAAACACAGACCGGCAGCGAAAAAAAUCCAAGAUGACAGAUGAAGAGAUCCUAGAGAAACUGAGGAGCAUUGUGAGUGUGGGAGAUCCUAAGAAGAAAUACACUCGAUUUGAAAAAAUUGGCCAAGGGGCUUCAGGAACUGUUUACACAGCGAUUGACAUUGCCACAGGACAGGAGGUGGCCAUAAAACAAAUGAAUCUCCAACAGCAGCCCAAAAAGGAACUUAUUAUCAAUGAAAUCCUGGUCAUGAGGGAAAAUAAGAAUCCCAAUAUUGUUAACUAUUUAGACAGCUACCUUGUUGGUGAUGAGCUGUGGGUGGUGAUGGAAUACUUGGCUGGAGGCUCUUUAACCGAUGUUGUCACCGAGACGUGUAUGGAUGAAGGACAGAUAGCUGCUGUGUGUCGGGAGUGCCUGCAAGCCCUGGAUUUCCUUCAUUCUAACCAGGUGAUCCACAGAGACAUCAAAAGUGACAAUAUUCUUCUUGGGAUGGACGGAUCUGUCAAAUUGACUGAUUUUGGCUUCUGUGCUCAGAUCACCCCUGAGCAGAGUAAACGGAGCACAAUGGUGGGGACUCCUUACUGGAUGGCACCAGAAGUUGUAACAAGAAAAGCAUAUGGCCCCAAAGUGGACAUCUGGUCACUUGGGAUCAUGGCAAUAGAAAUGGUGGAAGGAGAACCUCCAUACCUUAAUGAAAAUCCUCUCAGGGCAUUGUAUCUGAUAGCUACCAAUGGGACACCAGAGCUGCAGAACCCAGAGCGACUCUCGGCUGUGUUCCGAGACUUUCUUAACUGCUGCCUGGAGAUGGAUGUGGACAGGCGAGGGUCUGCCAAGGAACUUCUGCAGCAUCCAUUUUUAAAAUUAGCCAAGCCACUCUCAAGCCUGACUCCUCUGAUCAUUGCAGCAAAGGAAGCAAUUAAGAACAGCAGCCGCUAGCACUGCAGGUCAGCUUUCUGUCCUGCCAGCUCGGAGCAGGACUGAGAACACAAACUCUGUAAAACCUCAACUCUCAUGCUGCGGGACAGAUGGAUGGAUGAACAAACCAACAGUCACAGUCAUGGUGGUAGGACCACCCCAGUUCCUCAAGGAGUAAAAAAUUAUCAUUUGUCUUCUUCCUGCUUUCUGGCUCCUUAAUUUAUUUUUAAGAUGAAUCGGGGCUAAGGAUAGAGAGGUAAUGACAGAAAAUGCUUUGCUGCCUCAAUCAUUUCCAAGGUAAAGCAAAUUCAGUUGGAAGAUUCCCUUCCUUCUCACCCUGUGAAUAAGUUGUACAUUCACUUUUAAAUUGUCCGUUCUUUCUUAACGAUGUAAAGUCAUGUUUAUGGGGUUUUGGUAUGGUUCGGAAUUGGAGAAGGGCAAUUCUUCAUUCAUUAACUCCAGACUGCCUUUUGAAUAUAGCCCACUUGCCAGUUUUUGCCCAGUUGUGGUACUUCUGCCUGAGGAAGAAAGUGCAAUUGCAUUUCCAACCAGAAAGGAAUGAAGAGUGGGACAGACAAAACAUCCUGUGGAGAUACAGGUGUUCAGCUGGGACUGUGUAGUGGUUCGGUUCUUGCCAAUUGGAUUUGUACCACUAACUGCAAUCUCUUUGCCUGGGUGAGAGUCUUAUACAGCUGAAACAGCAGAAAGAUCAGUUGGUGUCCUCAGAACAGGUUUGUCUGAUGCAAAGCUGUCAGAGCAAUGUGAGGGUAGAGUGGGCCCAGCCGUGCCCAGGGCUGAAUCCCAGUAGAGCCCUGGCAGAGCCCAGAGCUGCCUCAGCAUCUGUGGAGCCAGGCUGGAAAGGAGAUGCUGGUGGUGACAAGUGGCAGCAGCCUGGUUGUGGGUGCCUCUUCCUGGGAGAGGACUAAUCCUCCUGUCUCAGAGCCAAACUGGGUGGGGGCUGUUCUCCAGGGAAGUCAUGGUCAUGCUGAGAAAUGUGCAGCCUGGUGGGAUUGGCAUCCUGAGUCUCUGCAGGAGUAGGGAAGAGCAAACAGAGCAGAGUGGUGGUGUCACUUCUGAGGGUGCCAGUUCUUCUCACAUCUGUCUUGUAGCUCCUGGGAAAGGUUUGUACUGCCUGCAGAAUUCUCAGCAGAGGGGCACGGGACAAGGCUGCUCUGCAGGCUCCCGCACAGGUGAGCGUCCCUUUAGGCACAGGAGUUCUGCCCUGGGAACCAAAGCUGACGUGAGAGGAGCCUGCACAGUUCAGAUCUGCAGCAGCCAGCUCUGGAGGAAAGCACCUUAAAACCUGGAGUUGUGCACUGAGCAAGAACAAAGGUGUGAAAUGCAAAGUGGAUUACAGAAUUCCUUGGAGACAUCAGGCCAGCCUGGUUUUUUGCUAUCCUACUUCUGGCAAGCACUGCACAAUGAAGCUCUUGAGUUGCUGCAAGAGAGGGCAUUGGGGACGUGCUUGAGGAUUGUGCUUGACCAGUCAGCGGAUUUGGAAGGGAGCAAAAUACUUUCAGUAUGCAAUUUGUGUUUUAUUUAUUCAUCACUCAUUAAAAGCAUUUGCAUGGUGUAUUUGUUGCUGUAUUUUAGGAGUACAACUCAAGCCAGACCUUCAAAACAGCAACUGAAGCAACAUGAGCCAAAAAACCGAGUGAGCAAAGAAACCCCCACGGUAAAACAGCUUUCUGCUCUAGAUAUUCAUGUUGGCCUGGUCCUGCAAAGGGUUAAGUAGCCUUUAAGGCAUUCAUGGCCUUCAUGUCUGGCCAGCAGGAAUGAAGGAUGCUUGGGCUGUUUUUUAAUCAGCCCAGGAGCAUGUCUAGCUUUGGCUUUCUGUUUAGUUGCUGUCUUUGUCUGGCAAGUGUCCUUACUGAUGCUACCCUCGCUAGCACUGGCCAUUGCAGUGUCCUUGGCAGAGGUAACAGGUAGAGACAACCCUCCUUGAGUUACCACAGCUAAGCAGAAAUUAACUUUUCUUCAUUUACUGGGGAGCACAAACAGGUCUGAUUUUUCAGAUGGCCAAAUAGCAUGCUGAGGAAGCAGCUCUGGUUUCCUGAACUGGGGGAACAUUGGGAGGAGCUGAGGGAGCACCCAGAAGCCCACAGCUGGAGUGACAGUGGUUGACAGGACCUGGAGCAAUGGCUGCCAAGCUUUCCCCCCAUAAAAGAAGCCCCUGGGGAGUGGGAGUGGUCAGGACAGGCAAACAGGCACAGCAGAUGGUGCAGAAGGGUGUCAGGAAGGUGCUUGAAGCCCUGCCAGGCAGCAAUGACGUCCACCAAGCAGAAACCCUUCUCUAAGCUCUGCACCUGCCACAACCCAUGCAGCAGCCCAGACAGAGCUCUGGUGGGACUGUGCUGCCAGCCAGGUGUCAGCAGCAGGCUGUGCCCUGCUCUUAGGCCAGUCCUGGUGGUAGCAGCAUAAGUACACCUGUGGGACAUGUGCCCAGGGAGAGGAAUCCCUCUGUUUUGGGCCACAGCUGCAGCAGGAGGCGAAUAGGGACAGGAGUAUCCAAGCUCACUGAACCCCUUUCCAUAAUUUACCAGCAAUCCUGGCUAAGGAGGAGAUCCCAAGUGAUUGGACUAUGGCAAAUGUGACAUUGAUCUACACAAAGCCCUGGAAGGAGGAUCUUGGGAACUACAGGUCUGUCAUCCUGACCUCAGUGCUGGGAAAAGUCAUGGAGCGGAUCAUCCGGAGUGCAUCACAUGGCACAUACAUAAAACAACCACAGGAUCAGGCCCAGCUUGUGUGGGUUUGUGAUAGGCACAUGCUGCAUAACCAGCCUGAUCUCCUUUUACAACAGCAUGACCUGCCUAGGGCAUGAGGGGAAAGGCUAUGGAUGUGUCUGCCUGGAAUUUAGUAAAGCCUGUGUCAGUGUUUCCCACAUCUUUCUGCUGGAGAAACUGGCUGCUCAUGGCUUGGAUGGGUACACUGUUCUCUGGGGAAAAAAAAACUGGAUGGAUGACUUGGGCCCAGAGAGUCGUGGGGAAUGUUAACAUCCAUCUGGGGCUGUCAGUAGUGGUGCACCAGGGCUGGGUACUGGGGCCAGUUUUGUUCAGUAUUUGUAUUAGUGAUCUGGACAAGGGGAUUGAGAACACCCUCAGGUAACACCAAGCUGAGUUGCAAUCUUGGUCUGCUGGAGGACAGGCUCUGCAGAGGGAUCUGGACAAGCUGGAUUGCUAGUCCAAGGCCAGUUGGAUGAGGUUCAACAAGGCAAAGUGUCAGAUCCUGCACUUGGGUCACAGCACCCCCCUGCAGCUUCAGGCUGGAGAAAGAGUGGCUGGGAAAUGCCUGGUGGGAAAAGUGCUGGGAGUGCUGAUAGAGAGCAGCUGAGCAUGAGCCAGCAGUAUAUAACUACCUGAAAACAGAUGGAGCAAUGGGGCAAUCAGUCUCUUCUUGCAAAUAACAAGCAAUGGGAUAAGAGGAAAUGGCUGCAAGUUGCACCAGGGAAGGUUUAGAUUGGAUAUAAGAAAAAUCUCUUCACCAAAAGGAUGGUCAAGCAUUGGAACAGGCUGUGCAGGGCAGUGGUUGAGUCACCAUCUCUGGAGGGAUUUAAAAGAUUUGUAGAUGGGGCACUUGGGGACAAGUUUAGUGGUGUGCUUGGCAGUGCUGGGUUGAUGGUUCUACUCCAUGAGCUCAGAAGUCUUUUCUAACCUGAAUGAUUCUGUUCUGUUUAGAAGACUUUGUUUCUCUUGUGAGGUCCCAUUUUUGUCUGUCAGCUCAAGAUCUGUGUCUGUCGGAGAAGCUUCCUUGCAAAAGAGUAAUUUGGGCUGGAGAUGGGCUACCCUCAAUGUGUAAAGCAUUCAUCAGGAUGAAACAUGUUUGUAUUCCUGUAAGAAGUGAAAAAAUGAGUGACAGUUUCUUUUUCCAGUAUAUCUUUUACUUUUUCCUAUCCACAAAAAACAGACAGCCAUCCUUUAAAAGGAAGGCACUUUGUAAUAGCAUAUGUUGACUGGACAUACAGUCUAAGCAAUUCUGUUGACAAGCUGCUCUGUUUGUUUGGGGAAGGGGGAAUUUCCUAUUUAUUUCCUUUACCUGUAAGUAUUUCAGCAUCUCUACUUUAAAAAAAAACACCAUCACAACUUUCCAGAAGACAGUAGGUAUGGAAAAUAAGGAAAACAAACAGUAGCACUUUUUUUUUUAUCAGUCUAUGCCUCAGCCUACAGAAUAUUGUUGGCACUGACUUUUUUUAAGACAGCCCCUGUCCUGAGAGGCCUUACUUUUAUUAAAUAUUAUAUUCCUUUUUCUUUGCAUCAGCAAGAGAGAUUUUUUUCUUCUAAAACCAAUUCCUGGGAGGCAGACAAGAUUCAGCAGAAAUAAUCUCUGCCAGUGGCUGUUUUCAUCACGGAGUGUACUUCCCCAGCUGAGACUAUGACAUACAGGGAGCAUAGCUUCAGUAUCCCUGUGGCUCUGUCCUUGGGACAGUCUCUGGUGCUGAGUUGCACUCACUAAUACUGAAAGAUGGCAGCUCUGUUUGUAUCCUACCAGCCUGGAUAUAAAAUGUGGAAAAGACACAAGUAUUUUUUAAAAACUAAAUGACACAAACCUACAAAAAUCCAGUCCUGAGGGGGUCAGGUCUUGUACUUUAUUUACAGGCUCACAGAGUAUAUUAGGAUUGACAGUAGCAUUGGCCUUGCAGUAAGGAAAGAGACAAAUACUGUAAAAUCUCUGGAGUCACCUUGGGUUUUCUGACUGCUAUCCUCAGAUCUAGCAAUUAGUUAUAUAUAUUUUUGAAGUAUUAGAAAUAGUCUGUUUCUGUUGCAAAAUGAAAACUAAAAGUUUCAGACACUUCUAUUACAAGGUUUUAAAAGAUUGGUUAAUUGUCUUAAUUUUUAAAUUAAACAGUGAAAUACCCUAUCCAGUAACUUGACUAUGAUUCCCACCCCUGCAAUGAAGAUGUGUGAAAAUGAGCUGAUAGCUCACUGUGAUUUAAACAUUUUGGAACAGAAACGUGGUAGCAGUAAAGUCAGGGAAGUUUGAGAAGCACAGAAAAGUUUAUUUAUUUAAGAAAAGAGAAAAAAAGAUAACCAUACCUAUGUAAAAUUCCAUAGAGCUCCUGCAUGCACUCCUGGGAACCUGCACGGGGGUGGAUCUUACAGUGUUCUCAGGGUUGGAUCCUAAACUUGGGCCAGGGUUACAUCCUCACUUCUUCUGUCCAGUGCUUUUUGUAAGUACAUGUGUAUUCUUCAUCUUUGGCUCCUGGUUGGCUGCUCCACUACACACAAAAGAACUCAAAGGUUUGUGCUUAGUUUCUUUGAGAUCAGUGGCUACACUUGUGCAGGUCUUUGAGUCAGUCCUUCUCUGUGUCCUGCCACCAAAAAUUAAACAUAUUCCAGUCACCAUGGGAAGGGAAGUGCCUGUCUCCUGUCCUCUAGUUGUAGGAAAUGUCACAGUGCAUUAUUGUCCAUACAGCAGUUAUUUCCAGUAUAUAAUCCUUGGGGUGGCUACUGACUGUUCUUCACACUGAGCAUGUAAAUAUUUGUAUUUCUUAGUCCAGUCCUGAGCAAAGAGCCAGAGAGAGAGCCCUGUGACAUCUACCAUUAAAGGCAGGAGCCAGUGUUUCUUUGCUUGACACCUAGGACAUGCACUCUAGUGCCAGCUUUGCCUUGCUAAGUGCUACCGAGUCAGUGGUCCAUUCACCUUCCUGGUGUUCCUGUUUCCUCUUGGACUAUUCAUUCAUGAUGUGUAGCAACUUAAUGAUGGGUUGAUGAAGACCUAUAAAUAGAACUGUUCAUCAUCUCGGGUUUUUUUCCUCUCCUCUGCCCAUACCAGGUAAAUAUCUCCAAUUUUAUCCCAAGUUUUCAGGAAGCAGACAAAGGAUAACCUUUGUCUUUCAAGAGAAACCAUCCAAACCAUCCAAGCUUUUUUUUAGUGUGAUUUGCACUUCAGGGAUUUUUAAAACUUCUCUUUGCUUGUGUCUGUCCUUGAGCUGACAGGGUAAUUCUAUUUUUCUCACUGAAACUUACAGAAUCUCACUUACCUGCAUCUCUUUGGAUGCAGUUUAGAGCUGAUUGUCAUAAUCCUAGGUGUGCAUCGUGCCUGCAAACCAUUACUGGCCUGAGCCUACCAACAGUUGUAUGUACCUUUGGUUACAAGAGUUAUCUCAAAAGAAAAAAUCGUCUUAUAUUGAAGAGGGAUAACCACAUGCUCUCUAUGGGUGCCCUUUGGGCUGCCAAAUGGGCACAAGCCUGCAAACCUUUUUUCUUGCUGCUUAGCAAAUCCCCCACAGGCAAGCACUUGAGUUCUGUGAGAACCUGACCCUGACUGAGGAAACUGGGAGCAAUACCAUUAGUUAAAGUUGAUAAUAUUGAAAAGUACUAAUUGAUCUAAUAGCCUGUGAUCACAGUGGCUUUUCCCUGCUCAGUUUUCAAGUAGACCACACAUCAGCUUCAGCACCUGUGUGUAAGGUACUUUCUGCUCUGUUUGGUGACACCAUGUUCACAGCUGCUGGAGGCUUGCAAGGAACACCUGCCUUGCCCAACUUAGGUACAGAGCUAAAAGGAGCAUGGUGAGCACCAUGGCCUGGGUUGGCAGCCAUGAAUGCAGAUCAGAAGAGCUGUCAGACACAUGUGCACACACCUCUGAAUCACAACUCCCUGGUGUUACAGGUUUAUGGAUGCCAGCCACUAGAACAGAUUCUGACCCUGGUAUCCAGAGGUCUUUUCCAACAUAAAGUAUUCUAUCUGCUGGAUUCAGCUAGGUCCAUGUUAGCAACUUUAGUUUGAUCAAAGUUUCCUCAUGGUCAUCUUUUGUGGCCUAAGGCUUCAGCUCCUUUAGCUCCUAGUCCUGAGCUGCUCAUGCUAAACGAGACAACUCAGAGAGAAGAAUGCAUUUCAUCCAGUUUCUUCUAGAACACUGAGAGGGCGAGUGUGUGAAAACAUGAGUAUUGUUUAUGUGUAACCUCUCUGCCCUUCAUGCCUCUCAGGGGUUUGAAACAGGAAAGAGCUUGCCUAAAGAAUGAGAUGAAGCAGUGUGUUACUUCUCCCAGGUCUCUUUCCAGUCUCUGCACUUGUCUAGUUUUGUCCCUCUUCCUGUGCCCUUUGCUCCCUCUGUGCUCAGUGGCUACUGCCCAAGACUGUGUAACUGGCACAGAUAAAGUGGUCGAGACCCUCAUUUCUCUGUCCUUUGAGCUGCCUGGUCACAGCAGCCUUUUCCAUCUGGAAACUUGAUAUGGGGAGAGAAUCCCCACUGUUUCUUGCAAAACCUCCAGGAGCCCAGGGCUGCCAUCUGAAGUCAGUGCAUUGAGGGCUCCCCAGUGUCUCAGGCGGGUGUGACACCACUGCAAACGGGAGGGAAUGGUGGCAGGAGAUUGUUUUGAAAGGUCCAUUUGCUGCUGCAUGCAGUGUGUGUCCAGCCCUACCCCAGUCUUAGGGAUCAAAUUCAAGCACUGCUGCUCUGUCUGGGGUCAGUGAGAAUUUGGUUGUUGCUUUCAGUGACAGCUGAACAGGUUGCCAAAGCAGCAGGUGCUGACAGUGCCCCAAGCCCCAGGGCUGGGUGGGUCCCUUGGCCGUGUGGGUGGGAGGGCGCUGCCCCUUUUUCUCACUCUGCCUCACACAAAACUGUGCUGGUCACAAGUGGGUCAGCACAGCAAAAAGGCAGCCUGUGAGCCUCUAACAUCCUUGUCUCUUGAGAUUUUUGACCUUUGAGCUUAAGCUGUACAAAGGCAACUGCUUUUGGUCCCUCUGUGUAUCCCCAU